UUAACACAACAAAAACAAAAGGAGACACUUACCAGACAAGAUAGAGAAGAGAGGUACACUUCACCUCCUUCAUCUUCUUCUUCUCUCUCUCUCUCUCCUGAAGGACCAGAACAACAACAACAACAAAAAAUGGGUACAACAGGAAACCCUAAUCCAUGGGGAACAUACGAUUCAUACAGAGACUGUUCACAAGGAGUAUGCAGUGUCUACUGCCCUCAAUGGUGUUACGUCAUCUUCCCUCCUCCUCCUUCUUUCUACCUCGACGACGAAGACGACUCUUCCUCCUCCGAUUUCUCCCCUCUCCUCAUCGCUCUUAUCGGAAUCCUCGCUAGCGCUUUCAUCCUCGUCAGCUACUACACUCUCAUCUCCAAAUACUGCCACCGCCGCCGCCAAAACUCCUCCUCCGCCGCAGCUAUCAACAACACAGAGUCCCACGGAAGAAUCUCAUCCGAUUACACCACGUGGCAAGAAUCCACGAAUCCGAAUCAAACGAUCGGCGACGGACUCGACGAGUCUCUGAUCAAAUCGAUUACGGUUUACAAAUACAAAAAGAACGACGGAUUCGUCGAAUCUUCAGAUUGCUCUGUUUGUUUAAGCGAGUUCCAAGAGAACGAGAGCUUGAGACUUUUACCUAAAUGCAACCACGCCUUUCACGUUCCAUGUAUCGACACGUGGUUGAAAUCUCACUCUAAUUGUCCUCUCUGCCGUGCUUUCAUCGCCGGAGCUGAGAUCGUCGUCGUGACAGAUCAACCGAUCGAUGUAGAGAACAAUACGGAUGAUGAUUCCGUCGUUGUUGUUGUUAACUUAGAUCUGGAAAAUUCCAGAUCUCGGAAUGAGACGGUUGGUGGUGGUAACGGUGGAUCGACGCCGAAACCGCCGGAGAUGAGGGAGUCUAGAGACGGAGGAGAUGAGGAUGUGAAUCGGAGAUCGAGUUCAGGUGCCGCGGUGGUGUCGAUCGCUGAUAUAUUGAGGGAGAUUGAAGACGAGGAGGAAUCGGCGGGUGUGGGAACUUCUCGACGGGUGGAUGAAGGAGAAGAAGGAGAGAAGACGCCUCCGCCGUCGGGAUCGGCGGUGAAUCAAUCGAAUGGGAUUUCGAAUUUUCUUGUGGCGGCGAUGAAGAGAUCUGUUUACGAUAGAGCCAAAAAUUACCGUUUACCAAAUUAAAGUUACCAACCAAAAAAAAAGAUUUAAUUUAGGGAAUUUGAGUUUAAUAAUUUGUAAAAGGGAAUUGUAAAAUCAAAAGAGUUUUGAAUUUACCGCCCAUAUAUUCUUAAUUAUUUAGUUUAAAUUUAUUUAUUUUUACUUUUUGUUUUUACUGUUUACCACUAUACCGUACUUGGAAAAUACCAGUUUUGGUAAGUUUAGAUUAUGUCAACACCACAAUGACAUCAUGAUGCACUUUACGACA